CCGAAAUUAACUCUCCUAAAAAGGGAGACAGUCGUUCCAGUUUCCAUCGCGAAUCCAAGUCCUCUAUUGCCUUUUCCAAAACAGUCCUGCUCGUUGAUCCACCAGUCACCAUGCCUGCCCCCAAAAGCACUACCGGGCAACCAGUCAGGAAGUGGGCAGGGAGGACGCAAGGUGUCCAGAAGAAAUUCCAUGAAAUCCACUGGCUUUUCGGUGCUGUAACAGCAGUGGUGGUAUUGAAAGACGACGAGCUCCACGUGUACGAAUCCAAGCCUGGAUGGGUCAAAGGCCUGCCAGCUGUAAAGACCACCUUCACAACGACCCCGGAGAACCUUCUUACGAGGGAGGACCAAGCUCGGGGACCCCCUACGCGAAAGGACCCGAACAAGGCCUGGAACGGCCGGACGUUGAAUGCCAUGAAGAAGGCCCACCAGAUUCAUACGCUUUAUGGUGCGCAGACCGCUGGGUUGAUAUUCAACAAGGAAACAGGCGAGCUCAUGAUAUAUGAGUCCCGACAGAAUCUUGUUGGGUUGCCUGAUGGAGUGAAUCGUGUCCGCAGGAUCCCCAGGGAACGGUUCACUUGGAUCCGCGACAAGCAGAAACCAACUACGGCGGGACCGUGGCAGGGCCGGGCACCAGCUUCGCUCCGGCCUGGGGAAUCAGAUGUGUUGGACUCGUUCAUCCUAGACUCUUGUACGCCGGCCCAGCCGACACCGGCCAAGGCAAAGGGCAUUUUGCGGUUGGGGGAAUACUUCAGUAUAUAAGCUAAUAAAAUCU